CUGAAGUUCCACGCGUGUUCUAGAACCAUCUGACGCACAUCAGGCCAUGGAUAGUUAGCGAGAGGCAUUUUAGCGCGAUAGUUCAACGAUUUUACAAACAUUAGCUGUUAGAGAUUUUUGCAGCGUUUUAACAGAUUACAACAACAUCCAAAUUUCACCAUGUUUGCACUGUUUGUUGGUAAUCUUCACCCUGAUGUAUCAGAGCUCAUGCUUGUGAAUAGAUUCUGUCCUGCAGGACCUAUUCAAUCUGUCCACGUCUGCAGGGACAGACAGACCGGCUCGUCGCUUGGCUACGCCUACGUCAACUUCCACCAUCGAACUGAUGCUGAACAAGCUUUAAAGUUGUUCAAUUUUGAACUUCUUUUGGAGAGACCCAUGAGGGUCAUGUGGUCUCGCUGGGAACCCACCGCAAAGGUGAUCAAAGGAGGCAACAUUAUUAUCAAGAACCUUGAUCUUUCCAUCGAUGAUGCUGCCCUGUUUGACACCUUCUCCAUGUUCGGGUGGAUUGUGUCAUGCAAGGUUGUUGAAUCAAAAGGAUUCGGGUACAUCCAGUUUGAGGCACCGGAGGCAGCGGCGAUGGCCAUUGAGCGGGUCAAUGGCAUGCUCCUGAAAGGCCGCCAAGUCACCAUCGAGUACUUUAAGCCUCCGGAGGAGCGCCAGGUGAAGGACCCACGCCCCAGUUCCCAAAACCAAAGCACCAACUUGUAUAUCAAGAACAUGGACUACAGCAUUGACACCGAGUGCUUGUACAUGACAUUUGCACAAUUUGGAACCAUCACAAGUGCAAAGGUGAUUAUGGCGAAUGGGUGUUCAAAGGGAUUUGGCUUUGUAUGUUUCAAAUCAUCCCAGGAUGCCAUGAGAGCCAUGAAUGCGAUGAACGGCAUGACGUGGGGCACGAAGAAGGUGUACGUGGGACUGGCUAAAAACAAAAAGGACCGCCAGGCUCUCGUACAGAGAACAAACUCUGUGAAAGCUGCAGAGACGGCUGCCCCACUUGACUCUGCGGAGGCGGCUGCCCCCAUGGACUCUGCAGAGACGGCUGCCCCACUGGACUCUGUGGAAGCUUUGGAGACGGCUGCCCCACUGGACUCUGUGAAAGCUGUAGAGACGGCUGCCCCACUGGACUCUGUGGAGAUGGCUGCCCCACUGGACUCUGUAAAAGUUGUGGAGUCAGCUGCCCCCCUGGACACUGCGGAGACAGCUGCCCCACUGGACUCUUUGGAAGCUGUAGAGACAGCUGCCCCACUGGACUCUGUGGAGACGGCUGCCCCACUGGACUCUGUAAAAAAUGUGGAGACGGCUGCCCCGCUGGACACUGCGGAGACGGCUGCCCCACUGGACUCUUUGGAAGCUGUAGAGACGGCUGCCCCACUGGACUCUGUGGAGAUAGCUGCUCAACUGUAUUCUGCAGAGACGGCUGCCCCACUGGACUCUGUGAAAGCUGCAGAGAUGGCUGCCCCUGAGAACAAAGUGGAAGCUGUGGAGAUGGCUGUCUCAGAGAACAAAGUGGAAGCUGUGGAGAUGGCUGUCUCAGAAGACACAGUGAAAGGAAGCCUAGCUACACUUGAGGUACCGAACACAACUGAACUAAAGGCGGCGUCUACAUCUACGGACUUUCUAGGUGCCACACGUGCACACACACACGCACACACACAAAAACAAUGAUAAUAUACUGCUUAAUAUUACAAUAUAAUGUAUGAUACAGAUUAUGAUACUAAUCUGGUUGUGUGAAUGUAAUAUUGAGUAUUAGAAGUGUUAAAUUAAUAUUUAAUUUUAAUAAAAUUAGUCUACGUUCCCUGUAUGUACACAACUCGCCACCAUCACAGAAGAGGCUAGUCAGUGCUUGUAGAUGAUCAGUUCCUGAUGACUUGUGAAUUUCACACUCACAUACACAUAUACACACACAUACAUCUAGCUCUCACACACUCCUCCAAAGGAGGGGGAAGUGAGGCAGCAUUAGGGCUAGGUUAAGGCAAAACCCACAUCAACCAUCUCUCCCAAGCAUCUUCCUUGCUAAUGCACGGUCUCUCGUGAACAAAAUGGAUGAACUGCUGCUCCGGAUAACAGCACACAAGCGGAUUAAGAAAUGUCAUGAUUUUUAUGGAAAAAUGGCUCAACGACAUUCCCAGCAGCGCCAUUGAGCUCAGGGGUCGCAGUGCUUUCCAGGUGGACAGGGCGGCAGUGGACUCUGUGUACAUUCCUCCAGAUGCUAACGCUAAACUUGUACAUCCCGAAGGAGCUUUCAUCGUUGCUGGAGAUUUCAACCCUCCAACCUGAGAUCUGUACUACCAAAAUUUCAUCACAAUAUCUCCUGUUCUACCAGAAGGGACAACACACUGGAUAAAGUACAGUAUACACAAACAUACCUGGGGCAUACACGGCCAUUCCCCUCCCACCUUUGGGUCAGUCUGAUUACCUCUCUUUGUUCAUGCUACCCAAAUACACACCACGGAUCAAACGGGUGAAACCAGCUAUGAGUACAGUAAAAGUAUGGCCAGAGAAAGCCAUUUCAUCUCUACAGCAACAGUUUCAGGAUACUGACUGGAACAUGUUUGCGUCACAGGCCACAUCGGACUCUAACACAGACAUGGACAUUCACACAUCAUCUGUUUUGGACCAUAUGAACACGUGCAUUGACAAUGACACUACCGUUGAAAUGCUUUCCUAAUCAGAAAUCGUGGAUGAACUCUGAAGUUCGUCUCCUGUUGAAAGAAAGAGCUGCUGCUUUAAAUAUAACAGAGCCAGGUCCAACCUGAAAAGAGACAUUAGGAAAGCCAAACAUACAUACAAAGAGCACUUCCACAACUCUGAUCCCAGACGCAUAUGGAAAGACAUCCAGACCAUCACAGACUACAAACCGACACCUCGGUCUCAACCAAUGAGCAGUGCCUUCCUGCUGGACAAACAAUCAGUCAAGGCAUAGGACAUUUCACCUCAACCGCUGACUCUUCUACAGCUCACAAGUAUGCAGAUGACCACCACCGUGGUUGGCCAGAUCAGCAACAACGACGAAUCUGCCUACAGGGAGGGAGAUCCAAAGCCUGACAGUGUGGUGUGCCAUCAACAACCUGACACUCAACACCACAAAGACUAAAGAGCUCAUCGUGCACUUUUGGAAAUCUAACAGCAGGAGAUAUUCCCCAGUGUACAUCAAUGGAACUUAGGUAGAGCGGGUCUCCAGCUUUAAGUUCUUGGGAGUUCACAUGUCUGAGGAUCUGUCCUGGCACCAGAACACUUCAGCUCUGGUUAGGAAGGCACAACAACGCCUGUACUUCUUGAGGAGCUAUCUAUCUAUCUAUCUAUCUAUCUAUCUAUCUAUCUAUCUAUCUAUCUAUCUAUCUAUCUAUCUAUCUAUCUAUCUAUCUAUCUAUCUAUCUAUCUAUCUAAAUAUUAUGUUUCUAUUCUCUCUCUCACACACGUUCUCUCUCUUUUCUUUCUUUCUUUGCCAAUGAAUCCAUGCUUUUACUGGUUUACUGGUAAAGGAAAUCCACACCAUGCUUGACCAUGCUAGUAAAAUCACCUGGAUGCUUAUGAGAACAUAAUAAGCGAUCCCAAGCUCCUGGGCACACACACACACACACACACACACACACACACACACACACACACACACACACACACACACACACACACACACACACACACACACACACA